AUGUAUUAUUGGAUCGAAUUAAACGAACACAAGCAAGGCAACAAUGACUCUUGUAAUCAACCAAUUAUCGCUUACACAAUAAAUAAGUCGCCACUUUUCAACCUCUCCAAUUAUAUCCAAAAAUCAUUCAGCAAAUUCCAUAUAUUAUAA